CACAACCGGAAGUAUGUUUUUGUAGAUGUUUUGGUUGAAUUUCCGCGGGUGACUGGCCAACCUCGUUGAAACACUUACAUUUGGCUUUUACACGAAUGUAAGUGAUACUUAAAUGGUUAAAGUUAGUUACUAGUUGAGGUAGUUGCUCUUCACUUUCAUACUGGUAGUCAACUGUCGGUAGGUUGCUGAAACUAACCGGAUCCUCGGUGACGGUUGGAGUUUGUUGGUAGGCUAAGCUAACACUACGUCAGUUAGUUAGUUAAAGUCUAACUCGGCGUUAAACUUUUUGGGUCCGUAGUGCAGGAGGAAAAAGGUAAACACAAUAAUGUCUCUCAGCGCUGUUCACGGGACUUUAUCGAGCCUGAAAGUCUGUCAAGCCGACAUCGGGACCGGGAUGGACAUUGUGACGGAUGUGGCUAUGGACCUGGCUGAAGCUCAGAGUAAACACUUCUGUCACUCUUACUACUUCACUGUCGUGACCACGGUCCAUGAUCAUCUUAUGUGAAGUCCAGAUUUGAAGAAAAUAACUGAAACUAACUUUUGAUCAUGAGAAAGGGUUGUAUGUGUGUGUCCACUCAGGGCUACCACAGAACAGCUGUUAUUGCUCUUUGAUGCUGUUGUAUUACAGAUGAAGCGGGGAACCCAGGCAUUAAAGAGAUGGAGGCCAUGAUUCUGGAGUGUGCAAAACUGGACAGGGAGAUUAACUGCUUUGUGGAUGUUGUGCAACAAGUAACAGCAGAGGUAAGAGCUGCCUUUCAUUCAAGUCAAAGGCUAAAAGCAUCCUUUCUGACUCAAUCAGUGUGACGGUCAGCCUUGAGGUGCAUUACUGGAAUGACGACUGAGAUGUACACAAUACAUUUAUGGAUGGGUUCAGGCCAAUAAGCACUCAUAGCUGCUCCUACUUUGCACUGACUUGUUUGCUCAUAUUUUCCUGAGAGGCAAACUGUAAUGCGUGUCAAGUUAUUAGUUUAAAAUGUCAAGGUAAAAAACAAAGUUGACUGUAACUGUGAAAGUCAAUGAAAAAGCCCAACCGACUUACGUUUCUGCAGGUUGCAACACAGCAGCCAGAGGCCAUGUUCAGCCUUUCAGACAAAGUGAAGGAGCAGUUCACACAAAGAAUCGCUCGGCUCUCCGAUGCUGAGCUGCAGAAACACCAGAAGGUAGUCGCCUUCAAUGACAGCAUCAAGAACUCUGCUGACCAAGGUAUGGUUUUCAGUGUCCAGGUGCAGGUCUAAUAAUCAGAAUAUUAUAAAAAAUUUAUAUUUUUCAUCAUUUAUUUAUCAAAUAGAAGAUGUGAUCUAGUAUGGACUCAUUACAUGUAAACUAAAAUGUUUUUGAAGUGAUUUUCAAUUUUGAUUUAAAAUAAUUGUGGCUUGACUAAGUGAACCACUUUUCAAAUAGAUUAAACACCAUGUAUAUCUCUUAAGCCUCUUCAGGACAUGCCACCACAAUCAUGGGAAAGACUGCUGACUUGAUUAUGGUCCAGAAAACAAUCAUUAUAACCCUCCAAAUGGAGCAUAAGCCACAAAGCCUGAAAAAGGAACUUUAACUGUCACAUUCCUAAUGUCAAGUCAACAGAGACAAUAUAAGAAGGGUUUUACCUUUGGCAGUUAGAAGAACUGAACUGUUGUUUGGUUGUCUUGACUCUCCUUAUCAGAUUGAAGUAUAAUUUGCACAGUCUCCUAGAAUCAGGGAGAAGAAAACAUAGAUACAAAAUACAAAGUGUUUAAAGUCCAGUGUGGAGCUUUCACAGUCUUUGAUGGUUUGGGGUGCCAUGUCAUCUGCUGGUGUCAGCUAUAGACUGUAUAUACUAUGGACAACUUGGUUCCGCCUACCACCUGUAUACGGAUUUGAAGCCAAAAAGCUCUCGGUAUUUCCAGGAUUUUUCUUCAUUUCCUGAAACCAGUGCUGCACAGUAGCGUAUCCCCCAGGUGAGCUACGCAAUCCCUGAACGCCAAUAGGCUGUAUCAGGUGUCAAUCAAAGAAAACACGAACCCCCUAAUAACUUUUAAAAACUGAGCUUCACAGGAAAAAAAGGACUUAAGCACAAACCAGUCUUACUGUAACUACUUGUCAACAUCGCAAUCAGCUCUAUAAGCUUUGCUGGCGGAGGCGGGAUUUAUGACCUAUACUGCAGCUCGUCAACAGAGGGUGCUGUUCUUGGAGUGGCUUCACCCAGCAAGGAGGCAGACUCUGUCCAUUCUAUAUACAGUCUAUGGUGUCAGCCUACUGUGUUUUAUCAAAUCCCAAGUCAAUGCAGCUGUUCUCUAUGAGAUUUUCGAGCAGUUCGUGUUUCCAUCUGCCCACAAGCUUUAUGGAGAUGCUGAUUUCAUUCUACAGGAUGAGUUGGCACCUGCCCACAGUGCCAAAACUACCAGUUAAUUAUUCAGUGACUAGAAUAUCACUGUACUUGAUUUGCCAGCCAACUUGCUUGACCUGAACCUUAUAGAUAAUGUGCGGGGUAUGUGUCAAGAUGUAAAACACCUGAUUCAAAAACGCAGAUGAGGUGGAAACCCCCUGUCAAACCAACCGGGGUGUCACUAACAAAUCAGCCAUGCCAAAGUCUGAUAUUGUAACCUCCUUUCUUGAUCAGAAAAUAUUGUAUUUUAAGAUACUGGAUGUCUGACUUUCGUGAACUAUAAACUAAAACAAUAAUGAUAAAAUAAGGUUUUAAAUGUGUCAAUCUACAUCCAAUGGACAAAAGUUCAUUAAAGCUUAUCUUUGUAAAUAAGAUUAUAAAAAAUGACUCUUCCACACUUUUCACUUUUCAGCUGCUCCUGUGUAUACGGCUGGACUCAAAAACAUGUUGUUCUAGUUGACUCUGAUAAUCGAUGUACUUGUUAUUCUUUUCAGGACAAUUAGCUUACUUUACUUUUAACGCACCACUCCCUUUGUUAACAGCUGAAUAAUUAUGUUUACUUGUUACCCUUUAGCUGUUAUUUCUGCUUGUUACGUUGUCUUUACUACAUCCUUAUUUAAAAAAAUGGCCUCGCAGGCAGCGCCAUAAUCUUGGGUUCACUGUGGAGAAUAGAAAUGAAUCAGCUGCUGCAGAUAUGUUAUCUCCUCUGUCUACUUGGUCCCUUCAGUGCUGAGAAAAUAUUGAAAGGUACUAGAUGAAGUUGUGGAUUUAAUCCCUAUGUGACUAAAAUACACAUAACCCUGUUGACGAGGUGUUACAGCACUGACAGUACAAGUCUAAAUAAACACUCUGAAGAGGGUUUUUUUUAACAGUCUCAGUCCUAUUUCAUAGCUGUGACUGCUGUGUGAGGACAGCAACAGUUGCAGCUAAAAAAAACAUGCAGGGUAAAUAGAGGAAGUCCUAGACUGCUUUAGGUUUGUGAGCAGAUAACAUUUUUGACAAUGCUGUAGCCCAACUACAGAUGCUGUAGUUGGGCUACAGCAUCUGCAUGAGUGAUAUCUUGAAGUAAAAUUUUGUAAACAUAAAAUCUCUCAUAUGUCCAGAAUCAUUUUCUUGGCCACACAUAAAUCUACAUUUUUUUAAUGUGUAAAGCCUGUUCAGAAUUUUUUACCCCAAUAUGAUGGCUGUUUUCACCUGACCUCACGUUUCAGGAUGUGAUUAUCAAAUGUGGUUAUAAAGAAGUUCUGCUGUGUUUCAGUAAUACAUCAUGAACUCACACUGCAAAAGGUACCAGGCUUAUAUCUGAGGCAGGCUUGUGUUAGAGGCAGGCCUUUCUGUCAAAUUCUCACUCUGAGAAGUAAAAUCUUUCAUGCCUCAGUAAAAAGUGAGGGUGUAAUUCACAGAAAGAUGUUUUUUAAUUCUAUUUGUGUGUACUAGUGUUAUUUGCAAAGACUUAUGUGAGCCAUUGUGCUUUCAUUUGGAGCACAAUAGACUUCCUUCUUUGCACACACCUCAAAAACCUCCCAAUUCACCAACUCAGUUAGAAUGAAACUUUGACCAUCUGCCCAGAAAUAUGUGUGAGUGAUAUCACACUCAAAAAUAACAGUUCCUCCUCUGGAUGACAUGCAUGUGCUAUAUCUGUCAUAAAACACAACCAAGUCCAUUGAUUCUACUUUGUUCUUAGAAUUUUCAUGAUAACCAGGGUUUGAACCAGACCGGAGCUGUCUGUAGCUUCACUCCCCACAAACAGGCCACAGUUUAUAUGCUGGACAGACUAUUUAUUAACUCAUUUUUCAAAUAGGCCCCCUUUUUUGCCAGCUGAUUACAAAUUGUGACAUUUGUCAUGUCUGUCAUGAAUGGACUCUACAAUGAAAUGAUAAGGACUUGCCCUUUCCAUCUAGUUUAUCUUACACUGUGAGAGGAUAGAAUAGAGCUCUUUCAGGACAAAAGCUCACUGAGCACAGCCCCGAGCAGCAGAAAGUGGAGAUGCUGUCAGUUACAGGUAAUCUCAGUCACAGUGGCAGGAAUUAUUUGUCAAUCAGUAUGACAGUGAUUUGUCAGAUUCCCAAGUAUAUUGGAGUGAUCACACAGCAGCUCUACUUGAUGUUUUAACUGCAUAUUAGCUGCCUUAAAUAAGAGGUUAGAGGGAAAUGGCUGCUAUAGUAAUUGAUCCACUUUGUUCCUGUGGUUGACUUACAGUGGUUUGUUGUGAUUUUAGGAAACAAGCAGGCAAGAGAGAACAUGGAGGAGCUGGAUGAGGACAUUGCUGUCACCCAGACCCAAGAUAACUUCACCUGCCCACUCACACAGGUAGACCACUUCAACUGCUGAUGACUCAUUUUACUUUACAGCAGGUCAUCCUGUUUCAUGUCAUGUUAUUUGUUACUAUAGACAUGUUAUUAUAACCAUAUAAAACCUAAUCUCUCUGACAAAUAAUCUGUUCAGAGUCAUUAGUAGACAUUUGGGAGUUUUUUGUAUCUCUUUCUAUGUUGUUUUUUUUAUGCAAUGCUCACUGCUGGAUUUAUUCAGGUGGAUAUGGUGAACCCGGUGAAGAAUAAGAAAUGUAACCACCAUUAUGAUGAAGAAGCCAUCCAAGUCCUAAUCAGGAGAAAACACAGCCAGAAAAAGAAAUGCCGGUAAGACAGUCUUCCUUGAGCAUUUUUGAGAAGAUGAGUCAGGUUUUUCAGCUGUAAACAACUCUGCAGGCUGGCCUGGGACCUGCAGUCAGACUUAAUUCACAAUUUCUUUCAUAUACUGCUUUGACGGCAGAGUGAAAUUUAAUGUGGCUGCUCCCGGAGGAACGCUGAUUAAAUCCCACUGUCGAGCAAAGAUGAAACCUGCCUUUUGUCUGAAUCUUGAUUGUGGUCACUGUGCACACACCACAUGAAUAAUAAUAGCAGCAGAGAGAUAUCUUAUUUCAACAAAAUGUCUCAUGAAUAUGAAUUUUGAUAUUGUAUUUGUAUGUUUGGAUGAUUUGUAACUUGUGGGGUUUUCACUUUCUGUCUGUAUCCUGUAGCUGUCCUGUAGUGGGCUGUGGGAACUCAGAUGUGACAACAUCAGAUUUGGUACCUGACCAGAUGCUGAGGAGAAAGAUCCAGAGUGCAAAGAGACAGAACAGCCGCACGUAAAACUUUGACUUUUUUAACAGAAAGUUGAGCCUAAAAAUGUUCCUUUUGUGAGAACUUGUAUGCGAACACAUUUGGCAGAAUUUGAAGACUGAUGUUUUUGCAAGGACUCUGAUCGUUUUCUUGUUUGCUGAUGGACUUUUUCAUUCAGAGGUAUAUGCCUCAGGGAAACUGUUAUCUAGUCUAAUAAGGAUUUAAAAAGUUAUGAUUAUCCUGUUAUUUUCAUGAGGCACUUUUUUUUAAUGAUCUCCAGCCGUGUUGAAUGUGCAUGAAACUGCAAAACUUUAAAUAAAUAAAGUUAUUUAAAAAAUCUUA